AUGGAACGGCAAUGUUUAUUAUUUCAUCUUGAUAAAAUAAAGAACGUAAUUUCAGUAAGUAAUUUGUUUGUACAUACGUAGAAAUACGUAAUAUCGAUAGAAACUUGUUUCUAUUUCUGAUUUGAACGAUUGCGCGUAGAAAGGCAGUAGUAGGAAGUAGAAACAGAUCGAAUCAAAUAAUACGAGUAAAUUGGAAAAUCGAUAGAAAAGUUGGAAGAUGGAGUUGAAGUGGACAGACGAGAAACGAAAAGCUCCGUAUGGCAACGAUCUUUACCGAGCUAUCUUUCCUAUAUAUUAUCUGGGUAAAUUGUGUGGUUUAGUGCCAGUAAGGUUUUACGUACACGCUUCCGAAGGAUGCCGGGCUCGUUUGAAUGUCGUAGACCUUGUCUACAGUCUGUGCGUGCUGGCAUUGCUUCUGGGCGGUGAAAUUUGGGGCUUGUGGCGAGAUCUGAAAGAUGGUUGGGAGCAUAGUACCAGACUGAAAUCUGAAACAGCGGUGAUCGCGACGUGUAGCGACGUGCUUGGGGUAAUGGGCUUAACGGUCGUUUGUAUCGUUGGCUCUCCUUUCCGAUGGAAAUACCUGCAACUGGUCAUAAACAAAUUAAUCGAGGUAGAUGGAAAGAUCGGUGUGUCGCGUCCAAAGAGAGCUCGAAGAUUCACGAUUUGUUUAACGAUAUGCAGCCUCGCUUAUCUCUGGUUCAACUCGAUUAUAGACUUCUACACGUGGAAUGGUAGAACAAAGAACAAAAUGAUAACUGACAAAGGCCCGAUUAACUAUGCACCUUUGUACUUGAUGUACACUGUAAUCAUUUGCACGGAAAUCCAGUACACUGUGGCAACGUACAACGUGGGACGAAGAUUCGUCCGCUUGAACGAUAAUCUGAAAAGUUUGUUGGAUGCGAGUAGCGGCAGCAACGAUAACGCGAUCGGUUAUUUUCGGAAAUUUUCUGAAACAGCAGCUGCAGGCAAUGAUAACGGAGGCAAGAAAAGACGGAACGUCACGCCGAAGAAAAGGCAACUGGUAUUGGGCAGUUACAGAUUGUCGCGGCAAAUGGAUUGUAAACUUGAAAGCAAAUCCCGUAAUGGUAUAUCUGAUUUGAUAAUGGUUCACUCUUUGCUUUGCGACGCAGUCUCUCUCAUAAACACUACGUUCGGAGUUGUACUACUGGCCGUCACUGUAACUUGUCUGUUGCAUUUAAUUAUCACGCCGUAUUUCCUAAUCUUACAAGCUAAAGCGAGUGAAAAACACGAAUGGAUAUUUCUAUUCGUACAAGCUGGAUGGUGUAUCAUUCACAUAGCCAGAAUGCUAAUAAUCGUUCAACCUAGCUAUUUCACGGUGACAGAGGGGAAAAGAACGGCAAUUCUCGUUAGUCAGUUACUUUCCUCGGCUACUUUUGAAGCAGACACCCGACGAGAAUUGGAAAUAUUUUCGCUUCAGUUGUUGCAUCGACCUCUCGAGUUCUCGGCAUGCGGACUCUUUACGGUGGACAGAAAUUUGAUAACGUCGAUUGCCGGAGCCGUAACAACGAACCUCGUUAUUCUGGUACAAUACUGAGCAAGAGAGGAAGAAAAGUUCAGAGUGACAGAGAGACAAUCGCACGUUACGAUAAUGACAUUUAAUAUACCAAUUCUCGUGAACAGCGGUAAUAUACAAAUACAGGUUACUCGUAUCCGUAAUUCAACUAAUAAUAAUAACGAAUUGUUCCAUCGAUCGAUCGAUCGAUCGAUCGACCAACGAUUAAUUAAGAGCGCACCUCGUACGGUGUCUAGAACUAGACGUCAGUCACAGCCUAUCCAAAUAUUCCUUGGCCUCGUCUUAUUGUGUCUCUGAGAAGGGAAUAAGAUCGUCUAAAAACAGGGAAACUUGAAUAGUCUCGUUCGAAGAAGCCGCAGGUAUCUCCUCACAGGUUGAAUCACACGUAACCUUGUGUGUAUAUAUAUAUAUGUAUA